CUCUGGGGGCACUGAUGCAAUUUAAAGCGGCGAUGCUGCUGCUGCAUGAGCCGAGCUGUAGAAGAAGACGCCGACUGAGAGAAAAGAGGAAUAAAAUGACAGGGCGCGCAAAAAGAAAACCCAAAUCCGUUGAGGAGUCGGGCACAGGCAAUGAAGAGUUGAAGAAAGCCCGAACUGAUGAAUCCAAAGCUGCGCCGUCAUCAGGAGUGGAUUCAGAGCAACGUGAUGAAAUGCUGCAACUGUACAAUUUUCAGAUGCCAGAGGAUCUGUAUCACUUCUGGGAUUUCUGCAAGGAGCUUUGUCCUGACAAUCCCCGUGGUGCUCUGAAAGACAUACUGGGUUUGCAGCUGGUUGGUCCCUUUGACAUUCUGGCAGGAGCUCACAGAAACUCCAAGAAUCCUCAGCCUAACUUCCACCUUCACUGGAGGUAUUUUUAUGACCCACCAGAGUUUCAGACCAUACUUCAGGGGAGCGAGGACAGCCAGCAUCACAUGGGCUACUACAGAGAUACUCCAGAUUUGCUGCCAUCAUUUGUUGGGGAAAGUGAAGCUAAGAAGGGCUACACUAUAACACAGAUGGGAGACAAUGUGUUUGCUGCUGUCCACCUUUAUCUGCUGAGGAAGAGGAAAGAGAGGGGCAGUAAGCAAGCAGGAGAAGAGGCUUUGGAAGGCUUGGAGGCAAAGCUGAGAGACAAAGCAGAGACUCUGGGUUUGUCUCUAGAGCAGAAGACCAAAGGCAUGAAGCAACGAGACAAGAAGGUGGUCACCAAGACGUUCCACGGUGCUGGUAUUGUUGUGCCUGUAGACAAGAAUGAUGUAGGAUACAGAGAACUGCCAGAAACGGAUGCUGGUCUCAAGAAGAUCUGUAAAGCCAUUGUUGAAGCACGGAAUGAUGAAGAACGUGUAAAAGCCUUUGGACCAAUCCAGGAAAUGAUCACUUUUGUUCAGUUUGCUAAUGAUGAGUGCGACUAUGGCAUGGGCUACGAGCUAGGAAUAGACCUCUUCUGUUAUGGAUCCCAUUAUUUCCACAAGAUUAUCAAGCAGCUUCUGCCCAUGGCCUACAACUUGCUGAAGAGGAAUUUGUUUGGCGAAAUUGUGGAGGCCCACCUGUCCAACCGCAGCCAUGACAAGAUGGACCAGCUCUCUGCACAUUAAAAAAAAAAAGACUCUAAGUACAUUUCAGUUCUAACUCUUAUAAGCUUUCCCACCAUUUGUCCUUGUCUUCUGUUGUUUGUUACUGUUGAUGUUUUUUGGUGGUUUUGGUGCUGCUGUCACUGAUUGGAACCAGUUCAGUGAUGUCUUGUUUGUAAAAGGUAGAUGUCUAAUAAAGCAUUUUUAUAUUUUUAA